AUGGACGAUUCCGAGCAUUAUCGGCAGCUCAACAACAGCCGGAAGACGCGAGCAGAAAAGUUUCUGCGACACCCGCGUACUCGCUUCCAGUUGCUGACCACGUUGUCCAUUGCCCACAUCAUCGCGCCCAUAGUUCGCCUUCUUUUUGCACUGCAUGACUCGCAGAGCGGCAUGCAGGACAAAUCAGCUUCAGCACCACGCUCCAAUCAUGACAAGCGUUGCAGGAUUCGCCUCUUAUAUAAAAUGAACUUCGCAGAACAAGAAGCUGGUGUUGCCUACACCUUUGCUGAAAUCAAGGUGGCUGCCAACAAGGCAGUUGCGAGACUUUGGUUGUCUUUGAAAAAUGCUACUGCGUCCGUGUUUGCUGCUCCAAUCCAAUUUUGGCCAUCUUCAGAAGCCAAAAGUGCUAUGUGGGAGCAAUUGGCAGAUGAAAUUUUGAGGAACAUUGCAGCGCUGAAAUGGAGGGUGCAGUACCGCUUUCUCCAGCCACCGUUUGACGCCAGCUUUUUCUGCAAGUACGAGACGGUUGGAGACGUGCCGGCUGAUCUCCUUGACACAGCUUUGGGGAAGCUGACAGAAGCCAAGCCAUGUUGUCUUGACCCAUUUUGGGCACUUCCGGUCCAGCAGCAAGUGUUGGCAGUUGAAAAUGAAGAGGACAAGAAGAAACUCUUUUUCACUUUGGUGAAAGACUUUUUUGACGACUACAGACCAUCGAGCCUCAAAGAAGAACAACAGCACAGCGUGCAAAGAAAAGCUGCUGGAGGGCACACUUCCAUGCCGACUUCUUUUGAGCACCAGGCUGCCGCAGGUGUGAUAAGUGAGAUGGGCAAGAACUUCAUUACAAAAGGUGGCCGUGAUUUGACAAAGGCAAGUUCUGACACGCAGGCAGCUGCCAAGAAGGCUCGUGUCAAAAAAGUCAUUCACAAGCGUCCGAUGCAAAGCGGUAGCCCCAUGUUCUACUACAUUGCGCAACAGCGCUCUCUUGGCUUGGGGGGUGGUUGGUCCGACUUGGUUCAACGUUGGAGAUCUCUGGACGCUGUAGCCAAAAAGCACUGGAAGUUUGUGCACUCCAGCUUGACCAGAAGAAAGAGGGCUAGCAUGGCCAGCAUCGCAGAAAACAAAAGAAAUGAUGGGCCACCAUCGGUCCAAACUCCUUGGAAUGUUGUGGAUGAGACUUGGCCCCUCAAGAGCGAUGACCUGGACCAGUAUUUGGCACCUUUUCGAUCAAAGCGAACUGGCAUGGAUGCUUUGCAGAGCUUCGCUGGUCCGGCCCAAUUCGAUGCCGAGAUGAACUGCCAGAAGUACAGGCAGCAAGUGAUUGAUGGUAAGGUGCGUUACCAUUCAAUGUCGGCUGCAUCUCUGGCAAGCAAGGCAGUCAUAGCAGGCAAGAUUUCUGAUGAGACUUUGCGCAGUGUGCCCUCAGCGCAGGAGAUCCUUGAGACACCAAGUCACCAGCAGCACUGCCUGGCCAAGCAUCCUGGCAUGUGCCGGACCGAGCAUGCUGGGCAGAUCAAGAAAAUCAACAAGCUUGUUGCCACUUUCCCUAGGGACUCUUGCAUCAUCCGCUGUGAAUCUGGCCGUGGAAGAUCGCAGAAGGUCGCGUACGCUGCAGUCACUGUAGGAUGCAAAAGGCCACUAAGAACCUUCUUCGUGCCCUUGCUGAUUUCAGAGAAAGCUUCUGUUUCCAAAGCCGCCAACUCUGAGUAUGUCUACAGCGCUGCCAGUGCCAAGAUGCCACAUUUGCUCACUUUGCAGCGCCUCAAACAAGGGUUGAGAGAUUUGGGCAGCUGCGGCUUGUUCAACCAGGUAGAGUGGGCCUUGUAUCUUCUGCACACGGCUGAUGACUGGAGUUGCUUUGUGGUAGAGUCCUUCUAUGAGCGGUUGGACCGCAUCCAUGUGACCAAGAUCAUCAAAGAAUGUCCGAAACAUUCGGAAAUGCCACCACCGUGUGACAAGGGUCCGGAAGAAGGCGGCGACGUUUUUUCUUUUGAUUCUCCUUUGUUGAAGCCUGGCAUUUCUGCCUCGACGGUGGAGUUGUUAGGCAGCCUCUUUAAAAGCCAGAAGGAGAAUGAGGUCCCAGACGGCAACCUGAGCGAUGAGGACCUUGCAGGCCAGAUGGAUGAACAAGACUUUUACGAGGAAGAGUCUGACUUGGAACCUGAUGGUGGUCCUGAACAGCCAGGUGACCGCGUUUCAAACCAGAGGCGGCAUGGCAUGAAGGAUCAGGAGGAAGAUGCGCAAAGCCAAGCUUCCGUUCGUUCUGGGGGCUCCCACAAACCUCACCAAGCAGCCACUGAUACCUCUGUGCUGAGAGAGGUUCUUGGUGACAGGUGGCCAUUGAAGAAGGGCUACACCAUCUAUUUCAAUCGCUUCUAUAGCACAUGGGCUUUGUAUGAGAACCGGAAGUUCGUGCGUGGCUCCUCCGUCAGCCUCCGCAACUACGGAACGCACAAAGGCUUGGCCAAACCACAAGUUGUUGUUUCCCAAGCCCACUUUGCUAGCGCAGUCAGCGCGCAUUCAGAACAGGUUGUUUUUUAA